GCCGCUGCUCAAUAUAUUCCCGGUAUUAAGAAGCUGCAAAGGUGUACCAGUUGGGAUGCGAAUGUGGUACCGGCCGUUGACAAGGGAUAUGAACCCGAGAACCGGUCCGUGGAUUGUGCCAACUUUUCAUUUUCUAUUUUGUUGAGCUGGUAAGAAGAAGUGAGAGAUAGAGACAGGAAGAGAGAAGAAAGAGCAUUUCAACAUGGCUCUGGAAGAGGAGUUGGUUUCUGCCUCCCGUGAUCUUGGCCCCUCAACGCCCCGGAGUGCAAUCAACAAUUCUUCUACCCCCUCAUUUCCUUCCUCAUUAUCUUCUUCUUCUUCUUCUUCUUCUUCUUCUUCUUCUUCUUCUUCUUCGUCGUCGUCGUCGUCGUCUUGCUCCUCGGAAACUUGUCUUUUCUUCUAUUUCAGAGGCGUCAACUUCAAGCUGUCGAUCCCGGAUGCACAUUUUCACUUGGUUGAACCGCACCGCAAUGCUUUCCUUGCGUCCUAUCCAGUCAAGAGUGGCUGCCCUAGUAGGCUUGAAUUAGCGUUGGAGUUUCUGGAUUUCCUGCUCACAUAUCAAACUUUCUCUCCGGACGUCGCCUCUACGGUGUUACGAGCCUUUGAAACGGAAUUCCUCAGAAACGUGACCGAGAUACACUCCCUCAUAGCGGGCUUGACCACUAGAUCAAAGGACAGACAACACUGGCUGGGAAUAUACUAUCGGUUCGUUGAGGCGAGCGAUCGAGAUAAUUCAGGGCAGCCCCCGAGUGCCUUUUUCCAACAUGUCAAAGCCAACGAGUUCCAGACAAUGGCUGCUUUUGGAGGCCAAGGGGAGUCAAGCCGAACAUGUGUUCGGGAAUUCGGCGAACUUUAUAUUUCGUACAGACCAAUUUUGCGUCGAUUCGUCCGAGCCAUUGGCUCCCGUCUUUAUGACCUCUCCACGCAGGACGAGUUCAGUUCGUACUAUGGAGGACGGCGGCUGGAUCUCGAAGCCUGGAUUAGCGGCACCGCAGCUGCUCCUGAUACUGCCUUUAUAUCUUCAGCUCCAGUCAGUGCCCCAAUUAUUGGGGCACUCAGUCUUGCUCGAUACUGUGUUACAUGCCAUAUUGUGGGGUAUCAUCCAGGUGAAAUGCGAUACCUGCUGCACGCCGCCACCGGCCAUUCGCAGGGUCUUCUAGCGGCUAUUGGUAUCGCAGCGUCAGCUUCCUGGGAUAAUUUCUACCAAAACGCCCAGUUAAUUGUGGAAGUCCUAUUUCGGCUUGGCUGGGAGUGUCACCAUGUUGCACCUCACAGCUUCGUCCCAGCCGCAAAGCACGUCGAAGAUGAUAAUGCAAAUACGCCAUCUUACAUGCUAAACGUACGCGGCCUCCGAAGAAAGGAGAUCGAGGCAGUAAUCAACCAUAUCAAUGUGGGCCUACCAGCAUACCAGGUCCUUUUCCUGGCCCUUGUUAAUGCCUUUGAUCAAUUUGUCAUAGCCGGGCCAGUCGCCUCUUUGCUCUGUCUGGAAAGACACCUGAUGGAAAUCAGUAGCAAAGACAAAGACCAAAGCAGAAUCCCUUUUAAUGAUCGGAAACCAUGUGUCCAACAUGGGUUUCUUCCGGUAAGCACGCCAUUUCACACCCCCUACCUGGCUCGAGCGGCGACACGCGUUAAGCAAUAUUUUUCGGAUCGUUCCAUAAAUUCACACCAACUGGCAAUCCCUGUCUACCACACUCGAACUGGUCUGGACCUACGUCAACUAGAGGGAAAUGUUCUAUUCAUGGCUAUUGAAGCCAUCGCGUCUGAGCAAUGCAAUUGGCCCUCUGCACUGGCAGGCUAUCCUGCAUCCCACAUUCUAACAUUCGACCGAGGUGGUCUUGCACCAUUGAUAAAGCGAGUGCGGGAGGGCUGGGGCAUUCGAGUGGUCCAGGCGAGUGAGCUGGAUGCGAGGGAUCCUGAAAUGGCAACCAUGCGGGACUUGUUCGCCCCAAGGCUUUUGGAUUCGUCGACUAGGCUGAAAAGCUGGGGCCAGCAGUUUCAACCACAACUGAGGCCGGGAGAGAAGAGCCAGCUGGAGACUCGCUUGAGUCAGAUAAUUGAAGCGCCACCUAUCAUGGUUGCAGGGAUGACUCCUACAACGGUGCAUCCAGAUUUCGUUGCCGCAAUAAUGAAUGCCGGAUACCAUGCGGAACUUGCUGGAGGGGGCUACCACACUGCACCUCAAAUGGAGGCGGCUAUUAAGAAGCUCGUUAACAACAUCGAGCAAGGGCGAGGAGUUACCUGUAACCUCAUUUACGCUAACCCCCGAUCGAUGUCAUGGCAAAUUAACCUCUUGCGCCGCCUCUCACAAAACCAAGUUCCCAUAGAUGGAUUGACAAUAGGGGCGGGUGUUCCUUCACUUGAUAUCGCAAGCUCCUACAUAGAGUCGCUAGGGUUACGUCAUAUCAGCUUUAAACCAGGAUCUGCUGAUGCAAUACGACAAGUGGUGGAAAUUGCCAGGAAGCACCCGUCAUUUCCGGUUAUCCUACAAUGGACGGGGGGACGAGGAGGAGGUCAUCAUUCAUUUGAAGACUUCCACGCCCCGAUUAUCGCGAUGUAUGGCUUGAUCCGACAACAGCCAAAUAUCUAUCUCGUUGCUGGAAGUGGCUUUGGAGAUAGCGAUAGUAUUUAUCCUUACCUCAGCGGAUGUUGGUCUAUGGCAAUGGGGUACCCUGCUAUGCCGUUUGAUGGCAUAUUACUGGGCAGUCGCAUGAUGGUGGCAACGGAAGCUCAUACCUCACUUGCAGUCAGGAGGAUCAUUGCCGCAACUCCAGGAGUCCCUGAUGCUGAAUGGGAAAAGACAUAUACUGGGCCAGCCGGAGGACUAGUCACUGUCAGAUCUGAGAUGGGUGAACCUAUCCAUAAAAUCGCCACCCGUGGAGUUCGUCUUUGGGCUGAAAUGGAUAGGACUGUAUUUAGUCUUUCUGAAAAGGGACGCCUAGAAUACUUGGUUCGACAUCGUCACUCAAUUAUCCAAAGACUGAAUGCCGACUUUGCAAAGCAGUGGUUUGGCCGUGACUCUAAAGGUCAAGUUGUCGAUCUUGAAGAAAUGACAUAUCUUGACGUUCUAACGCGCUUGGUUGGUCUAAUGUACAUCGCCCAAACCAGGUGGAUUGAUGAAUCCUACAUCGAUCUUACAAUGACAGUGGCCAGGCGGUGGUUGGAAAGGUUGCGAUUUAUCCCGAUACAUGCCUCAGAACUUGGUACCGAUAUACUGAGACAAUCUCCAGAUAGAUUUCUGGAAUCGUUUGUUCGGGCCUGUCCAACGGCCGAAGACGACCUGCUAAACCCUGAGGAUGUUUCAUUUUUCCUGAAACAGUGUAAGCAGCCAGGGAGAAAACCAGUAAAUUUCAUCCCAGCUCUGGACGAGGAUUUUGAGUUUUACUUUAAGAAAGACUCGCUAUGGCAGGCAGAGGAUAUUGAUGCUGUUGAAGGGUGCGACGCACAGAGAGUGUGCAUAUUGCAUGGCCCUGUUGCAGCGCAGUAUUCUCGAUAUCCAAGUGAGCCUGCCGGAUAUAUCCUAGAUUCUAUCACCGAGGGAGUUGUCACCAGACUACAUGAAAAUUCCAUGGCGGAGGAGUUAGUCCCAGACCUGGAGAGUGGGCUUGCUACGCCGGCCUCCUGGUCAAGCGUGUCAUCAAACGGAAGGGAGUUCAGUGAAGAAACAUUGAGUACAUCAAUAACCUCACUAUCUGACCCAUCCGAUGAUGCUUCCUUCUCAUCAGGAGGUGUUAAUAUCACACCAAAACCUGCUUAUCCCCUUUGGAUUCGAGCCCUUCUCGAGAAUAAUGUUAUAUUACAAAGGGGUGUACGACAAAAAAACCUGUUCCAUUGGUCCAUGAAAGCUAUACCCGGCGCUUCUAUGGAAUACCACCCAGAUGCCUGUGAGUUAGUGCUGACAGCUCAAGAAUCGCACCAAGUGGUCUCGUCAAUGAAGGCUAUCUGCCACAAUAGUUCUGAUAUUAUGAUCGAAAUAAAUCCACCAAAGGGGUCCGAACCACUGAGGUUAUUUUACGGGUUUGAUCAAACAAAUGCCUCAUUCCGGAUAAGAGAGGUAAUGGAACAGCGGAAUGAGCGCAUCAAAUUAUUCUAUAGCCACCUUUGGUUUGGAGAUGAACUUGUGUGCGAUAAAUCCUUAGAGGACACGUUUUAUGGGCCACAAAUUACCUUAACUCAAGAUAUGCUCGACGAGCACACGGCGACGAUAGGCCUAGCCUUCAUUGACCGCCGACAAAUGGCCAUGGGUACAGAUGUGCUACCAAUUAACUUUGGUAUCAUCAUUACAUGGGAUGUUAUAUCUCAGCCAUUAACGCUGUUUCAGGUCGGUGGCGACCUGCUUCGCCUCGUCCAUCGCUCGAACUCGUUUGAUUAUUACCCCGAUGCAACCCCCCUGCGACUGGGCGAGACAGUGACCUCUGAAUCAAGUGUCUGCGGCAUCUAUGACGAAGACGCGGGAAGAGUAGUCAUUAUAGAAGGUCGGGUCCUGCGGGACGGUGCACCAGUCAUGCUUGUUACGUCGACAUUUCUUUUCCGUGGAUGCAAAGAGCAUCCUGCGUCUCUGUUUCGGAGGGUCAGGGAGAAGGCCUGGAGAUACGAUAUCGUUUCGGAAAUGGAAGAGUCGAUACUCCUGAGUAGGGGAUGGUUCACGCAGUAUCCGCCUGUCGUGCCUCUUGUAGGAAAGUCUGCCAUUUUUAUCCUCGAAAGUACAUACAAACACAAAGAUUCUGACGUGGUGGAUUUACAUGUUACAGGAGCAGUUACCAUCGAAGCAAGUGGUGGACAGAGACAGCCAGUUGGAGUUGUCCAUUUCAAGGGCAAAUAUACGGGAAACCCCGUCGUUGACUUCCUUGAGCGCAGAGGAAAGCUGGCACAAGCACACUGUAGGCUCGACAACCCAGGCUUGACAGGGAAAUCAUCUAUGGAUAUCCAAAUGCCCCGAAGCAAUCAGCCGUACGCGCAAUUGUCAAGAGACUUUAACCCCAUUCAUACGUCGCCGAUAUUUGCUGGUCUAGCCGGGCUCCCUGGGACACUAUGCCAUGGAAUGUGCACAUCGGCCAUCGUGGAGACGGUAUUAGAAUACUUAGGGCUGCAGGGAAACCGAGAAAGGCUUCGUCGGUUUGACACUCGGUUUUUUGAAAUGGUUAUGCCCGGAGAGAGGCUCAUCGUGAAGGUUCAACACGUCGGGAUGGUUGACGGGCGGAUGCGCUUCAUGGUACUUGCUUCCCGCAAGGAUAGCGAGGAGCUAGUUCUCGAAGCCGAAGCUGAGGCUGAGCAGCCUAGAACUGCUUAUUUAUUUACUGGUCAAGGAAGUCAAAGCAAAGGAAUGGGCAUGGAUUUAUAUGACACAAGCCCAGUUGCGAAGGCCGUGUGGGAUGAUAUUGAUGAGCAACUGUCUGAUGCUUAUGGAUGGUCCAUUCUGGACAUGGUUCGAAACAACCCCAAGGUCCUUACCAUCCACUUCGGAGGUAGAAACGGGCGACGAAUAAGGCAAAAGUACCUAGAUAUCACGACAGAAGUUGUUCUGGCAGAUGGUAAACGGGUUCAAAAACCUGUAUUUGCCGGACUCACUUCUACUUCCGCUUCUUACACAUUUACACAUCCGAGGGGUCUUCUAUACUCUACACAGUUUGCCCAACCAGCAAUUCUUUUAUUUGAAGCCGCCGCGUUUGCCGAAUUACGCGCCAAGGGAUUCGUGUCACAAGGAGCCUUGUAUGCAGGGCACUCGCUUGGAGAAUAUGGAGCCUUAUCUGCGUUAUCUCGUUCCAUAACCACGGGUGCUCUUGUCGAGCUCGCGUUUUAUCGAGGGUCAGUAAUGCAAGCGUCCGUAUCGCGCGACGAUCAAGGGGCGACAACUUACGGGAUGGUGGCGAUGAACCCUAAACGCGUGGGACAAGCUUUUACACAGUCCACGCUCGGCUACCUUGUUCGCCAGAUCGCGACUCAGAGCCAAGAGUUGCUCGAAAUUGUGAAUUUCAAUAUUGAGGGAGAGCAAUAUGUGUGCUCUGGAACACGAACCUGUACGUGUUGGGAAAAUUGAUCGAUUAUAUAGCGGACGGCUGUGACGAGGCUGAGCCAACACCGAGUCAGUUCGAAGCUGUUAUCGACUCUCUUCUUGCCGAUGCAAGAAUCCUGCCACGCCCCAUCCAGCUUCAGCGCGGGACGGCAACGGUUCCACUAGAAGGAAUCGACGUCCCGUUUCACUCGAGUCAUUUGCGGAAUACAGUUGAUCGAUUCCGCCAGUGCCUCCUGCGGCCAGGCUUCCUGGUGGACAACGUUGAUGUGGAGCAGCUUGUAGGAAGGUAUAUCCCAAAUCUCAUGGCGCGACCAUUUUCAUUGGAG